AUGAAUUUGGCUAGUGUUGUAAAUGACAAAGUCUAUUUGCCUUUAAAAUGCUAAAGUGUAGGAGUCUUUGAAAACCCAGUGAUAUUCAAUUUAGUUCUUGAUGAAUUCUAUCAUUUGGAUCUUAAAUGA